CGGAGGUCCAGGUGGGCGGCCUUUCUUCUUCCUUCCUCCGUCCCUUCCUUCCCGGGAAAGGAGGAAGAGGGGAGAGAAGGAUGGCGGUGGCCGUGGCGCCCCUCUUUUGGCUGCUCCUGCUCGUGGGGUGCCUGGGUGGGGGCGCCAAGGAGGGCGAGGACGGGGCGCCCUUGUCUUCUCCUUCUCCUCCUUCUCCUCCUUCUUCUUCUUCCCUGGUGACGGUGGCGCUGGUGCUGCCGGAGGCCAACCCGAGCUACCCGUGGGCGCUCCCUCGCGUGCGCCCGGCCGUGGACUUGGCCUUGGAGCGGGUGUCCGUGUGGGAGCCGUCCCUUGCGUGGCCGCCGCGGUUCCGCGUGGUGUUUGGGUCUUCGGAGCGCGGGGGCGCGUGCUCGGAGUGGGUGGCCCCCCUGCGCGCCGUGGACCUCAAGCUGGAGGCCUCUCCGGACGUGCUUUUGGGGCCGGGCUGCGUGUACCCGGCGGCGGCGGUGGCGCGCUUCGCCUCGCACUGGGGUCUCCCACUGGUGACGGCGGGGGCCGUGGCGUCGGACUUCGGGCACAAGGCGCCCUCGGCCGCGCAGCCGCAGCACUACGGCUCGCUGGUGCGGACGGGGCCCUCGGCGGCCAAGCUGGGCGGGUUCGCGGCGGCGCUCCACGCGGGGCUCAACUGGACGGCGCGCGCCGCCCUCCUCUACGCCGACGCCAAGACCGACGACCGGCCCUUCUACUUCACCAUCGAGGGCGUCUACCAGGAGCUCCGCCACGCAGGGCUCGCUGUCGCCUACCACGUCUACCACGCCGGAGGGGGAGGGGAAGCCUCCGCCCCGGGAGCAGGAGCAGGAGCAGGAGCUGGAGCUGGAGGGGGGAACCUCUCCGCACAGGCCGAGCCCGAAGGAGGAGGAGGCGCCCCCGGGGGGGCAGCCGCGGGGACCGGGCCCGGCAACGCCAACGCCAACGAGGCCGGAGAGGGCGGCGCGGAGGAAGGCGCAGGGCCCGAGGCUGCUGUCCAGUUCAUCAAGGACAACGGAAGAGGUGAGGAGGGGGAGGAGGAGGAGGAGACCCUUCCCCACAGGCUGGGGGGCAAGGCUGGAAGGUUGGGGGCAGCAAGGAGAACCAGCAAGACCAAGCAGACCCUUCACCAUUCCUAA